UUUUGCUCCUUCCUCUUCCUAUGUCUUCCAAAUAAGAUGAAGCCAACUACUAGACAUUAUCUUAUUUUUUCUUUUUAUUUACUUUUAUGUUCUUUGAUACAAUAUACUCAAGCUUAUCUCAAUGAACCUCAUGCUCCAUUUUCUAUCCUCUCACCUCCUGAAGGUACAACAAUAAAACAGGGUGAACAUGUCAAUAUUACUUGGCAACUGACAGCUGGUACUGAGUUUCCAAUAUAUGGUUAUGCUGCAGCAAGUACUUCACAAACAAUUAUUGGUCUUUUACCACCGGAAUCACGUCGAGAUGAACGAUAUGUACACAAAAUUGAUAGUAAUGUCAAACUCACGGAUCUCAGUUAUAUAUGGACUGUGGAUGAACAGAUACCUCCAGGUGCUUAUCGUAUUGGUAUUGGAUUUUAUUAUCACGAAACAUCCCCUCUUAUUCAUAUAGUUUAGAUAUUGUGAAAAGAAAAGUUAUUAUUUUUGUAGAUAUCAUUACAGUUUAUUAGAUAAUUUUUUUUUUUUUUUGAAAUCCUC